UCCUCCUGGCAGCCAUGUUUGCCCUACCGAAGUUUCUGGAAAACGUAUUCAAAGCUUAGAUUCUGUGUAUGAUCUUAUUGUGACCAGAGGUCCUUUAAAGGUUGAAAUGUCUACAGUUAAUGAACUAGAUCUAGUGUUAUUAGGAAACACUGGAUGCGGUAAAAGUUCCACAGGUAAUUCUAUCUUGAGGAAUGAUGUUUUUUAUACUAGCUACAGAACACAGACUGUGACGAAAACUCACCCACAGUAUGAAUGGAGCAGGUUUGAAGAUUGUGUAUUACAAGUAGUUGACACUCCUGGUGCGUUUGAUACCAGUAAAUGUCAAGACAUUUCUCGCAGCAGAGGAGCCAUGGAAGAUACUAUGAUCACUAAUCCACAGGGGUAUCACGCAUUUCUUCUUGUUAUUAAAUAUGCAACUAGACUUACUGAGCCAGAUGAAAAAGUUAUUCAGAUACUAAAAACUAUAUUUGGAAACGAUUUUUUAAGAAACUAUGGCAUCAUUAUCAUGUGUAAUGGUGACAAAUUUAAAAUGCAUGCAAUGAAAGAUGGCUCAAAUCUGGAGACUUACUGCAACAAGGAGACUGGUUCAUUCAAACGACUGUUGGACGAGUGCUGCAACAGGAUUGUUUUGUUCGACAACGUUACGAAAAAUAAAGACGAACGGAACCAGCAAAUCAAGAACCUGAUUGAUAUGGUGAAUCGUCUCCCAAAUGGCGGUAAUAGAUACAGUUUUGAGGAUUUUACAAAGGCGGAAGGGAAACGUAAAGACGUGUAUAACAAUUCAAAAUUGCACAUGAUUGAAAAAGAGACAUUGAAAGCUCAAAGAUUGAUUUUAGACGAAAUCAAAAAUUGUUAUUCUGAACAAGACGAGAAUAAAAAAAUACAGUUAUUGGAAAAGAUCGUGGUUCGAACUGAUGCUAUCAUUGAAAACUUGAAUGAAAAUGAUCAGAAUUCAAGAGCUUUACACGAUAUGUUGCAUAACGUAACAGGGAUCAGGAAAAAUGUCAAGAAACAAAUAAAAUUAUCUCACAUAAUUUUAAAAGACAAACACAGGUUGAAAGUUAGGGAAGAAAAUAUUGUAAAGGAGGUAGAAGACGUAAUGAAUAGAAUGAAAUGGGAAAGUGAAAAACACAAGCCAGAUGAAGAAAAACUUAAACGUGACCUAUCCCAAAUAGAAAAUCAAUACAGGCAAAUAAAGGCGGAGACGGAUAAAGAAUUUUUUAACAGAUCUGAGGUCGAUGUAGUCUAUGUAGGUUCUGAUGCCAAGUUUGAUGAAGCUGACGGUAUUUGUUUCGUUUCUUACUUCAGAAUUUCAGUAGCGCUGUCGCUAGUUGCACUUGUUGUUGCCAUAGUUGCUAUCGCAUGGAUCAUUUACCGUCACAGCUACAAGAACAUUUUCAAAACAACCAUAACUUCGGCUGAUGUAGUGAUCUACCACCAAGAUAAAAAUACACCCAAAAACUACGCUCUCUUGCUUGGAGCUCACACUGUAUCGGCCCUCGUACGUCUGUUUCCUGCAGCGAGAUUCCUCGGUACAGAUCAUAAAGAAGACCCCAUCUUUAACCCAACAAGCCACUCAAUCCUUGAGUUAAACGAACAAGCAACAGACAACAUCCACCAACACGCUACAGGCGUCAACAUCACACGGGAGGGGAUCAACAUUAUAUACCCUGGUUUGUAUUUCGUGUACAGUAGCGUCAACUUUAAGCCUAAUUCCACAAGAUUUUCAGCAGACUUUCAUUAUCAGACGUGGUUCCAGUACAUCAGCAGACGAUCAGCCACCAGCCCAGUUUUAUCUGGCGUCUUAUUGAGAACUGUUCACACCUGUUGUAGCAACUGUACAGGUAGUCAGGAGACGGCUUACACAGGUGCUGUGUUCCACCUACGGACUGGCGACUUGAUACAAAUGAGUGUCUCGGGUCAAGGUCUCAUAGAAUUUAGUGCAGGAGCGUCAUACCUUGGACUUUAUAUGUUACACCAUGAUGUGUAGUCAAUAUUUACAAGGUCUCAUAGAGUUUAGUGCAGGAGCGUCAUACCUUGGACUUUAUAUGUUACACCAUGAUGUGUAGUCAAUAUUUACAAGGUCUCAUAGAGUUUAGUGCAGGAGCGUCAUACCUUGGACUUUAUUUGUUACAUGAUGACGUGUAGUAAAUAUAUAACUCACAAACACACACAUAUAUAUCUAUAAUAUUUUAUAAUCAAGGAAACCUCUGUAAUUCCAAUUACCUCCCGAGAUAUAAAAUCCGAAUAUACUAUCAAUUUCUCUAAAAAAUAAGAUUAACUUUUAACUUGAGCAUUCCACCUAACAGACAAUCACUAGUUAUAUAAUCAUUCAAAAUUUCAAAUGUUUUUUUAAAAACGAAGCUAUGCAGUAUACCUAUUAUUCUAUAAUAUAAGGCUGGUGGUAGUGUGUCAGUCAUUCAGUCAUUCCGUCAUCGCUAUUGAUUUUGGAGCCAUAAAAGUGAACAAAAGCACAUAUUUAAGUUACAAUUUUAUUUUUAAACCAGAAAAUGUAACUAUGUAAUUAAAUGGUGAUUAAGGGGUUUUACUUUCAUCUGCGUGAUGGGUUGAUGAAUUUUAGGGCUUGUAAGUAGAGGUUGCAUAGAUUUGGGAUUAUAAUAUACAGCGUCAGUUAGACUUGCAUGUUCCGCACUAUAAUACACAUAUUUUUACCAUUCAUUUGGCUUUUGUGUUUGCAUUGUAUUUUUGUUUUUGCAUUGCUUUUUUUUAAUAUUCCGACUUGGGAACAGAACAGAACAAAACUAAACACAAAAGCAGAAGUGAACACAAACACAAAUACAAAAGAAAACACAAACACAAAGAAAACGCAAACACAAACAAAACACAAACACAAUGCAAACGCCUACACAUUCGCAAAAAAAAGAGUACGCAAGCACAUUCGCUAAAGCAAACACAAAAGAAAACGCAACGCAAAAGCAAACACAAACGUAAACACAAAUGUAAAAACAAAUGCAAAUGCAAUGCAAAAAAAACGCAACGCAAAAAACCUUAAACGAAAACACAAACACAACACAAACGCAGACGAAAACAUAAACAAAAACACAAAAGAAAACGCAAACGCUCACACAAACACCAUGCAAACAUAAAUGCAAUAGCAAACGGAAAAAUAAACAAACGCAAUCACAAACACAAACGCAAACCUAAAUGCAAGCAAUAACGCAUAACAUAAACACAAACAUAAAUGCAAACAUAAACGGAUAGUGCUCAUGGUAUAGCCCGGGGCGCAAAAUCGCACCCUGCCGGGGCGCCGGCGGAACCGCCUGGUUCAAUUUACUAAAAGACUAUAAUACACCAUCUUAUCCACAGUCUAUUGCACUCACUUAAACGAACGAUUCGAAUUAGUGAAGGUCUUUAGCAACCCUACUCCAUUAAUUAUAAUAAGACAAUUCGAUAAAAAAAUCACUUCAUGUGGUGUUUACAUAAUAACUUAAAUAUUAAAUAAAGUAUAGAACGUGUAAUACAAAAAUGCGUAGUGAUUUAUUUCGGCGAACAGGGCGAUCUAUAGAUUGU